AUGGAAGGGGAAAGGGUUCAGCCUCUGGAUGAGAAUCUGGAAAAUGGAUCAAGGCCAAGGUUCAAGUGGAAGAAGCUAUCAAUGGUGGUCUCUGGGAUUCAGGGAGUGGGGCUACUCCUGUGCCUGGUCUACAUCUGCCUGCACCUCUAUCCUUCUCCGGUGAAGUAUCCUCCAAUCCAAAGUCUCAGAGCACAAGUUACCAGAUGUGAGAAUGGGAGACUAUUCAUCAGCCUACCCAGGAAUGAGUAUCAAACCAUGGAGGUGAAGAACAACUCAAUCGCCAUCACCUGUGAUGGGCUUUAUCUCAUCUACACGAAGGGCUCCUUUUUCCAGGAGGUCAAGAUCAACCUUCAUUUCCGUAAGGGUCGAAGUCCCAUCUCUAUGCCCAUGAUGAACAAUGGUCAAAGGGUUGACUUCACUGUAGUAGCUUCUUUGGCCUACAAAGAUAUAGUUUACUUGACUGUAAAUGCUCCUGACACUUCCUGUGAAGACCUCCAGAUAAAUGAUGGGGAAUUGAUUGUUGUCCACCUAACUCCUGGUCGAUUCUGUGCCCACUGA